AUGGCGAGCGUUCAGCAAGGAGAGAAGCAGCUUUUUGAGAAGUUCUGGCGAGGAACCUUUAAAGCUGUGGCCACCCCGCGUCCAGAGAGCAUCAUUGUCGCCAGUAUCACGGCCCGCAAGCCGCUGCCAAGGACAGAACCCCAGAGCAGCCCCAUGGUCCCAGCUCAGGAUGGACCCUCGGAAAAGCUGAGCCAGCAUUUGGCCUCCAAGGUCUUGGGCACCAACAGCUGGGACAGAGGCAAAGCCUGCCGGGAGCCCAGUCCCGCCACAGCACGCAGUGCCUCCCGCAGCGAAGACUUGACGCCGCUACCUUCCUCCAGGGGGAAGAAAAAAAAGAAGAAAGCUACCCGGAAGAAGAGAAGGAGGUCCCCAUCUUAUAGCCCAUCACCUGUCAAGAAGAAGAAGAAGAAAAGUUCCAAGAAACAUAAGCGACACAGGUCAUUCUCCAAGAAGAGAAGGCACAGCUCCUCCAGCCCAAAAAGCAAAAGAAAGGAAGAGAAGAGGCACAAAAAACAAUCGCGAAGCCGGCCCCGAAAAUCUCGCCGCCACCGCCAUCACCACUGCCCCUCACGGUCCCAGAGCUCAGAGUCCCGCUCCUCAAGCUGCGACAGCAGGCACCGUGGCCGGUCCCCCGAGGGAGGGCGGAAGUCCCGUCGAAGGCACUCUCGUCGCUGCUCCAAGACCCUCUGCAAGGCCAGCCCAGAGGCCCGGUCCAGCCCCCAACCCAGCCAGCCCCUCCAGAUGCUCAGCUUCCUGUCAGCCAGGGGUGUAAUCACUGGGUCGGGGUCUGCUGCUGACCUCUUUACCAAAACAGCCAGCCCGCUCACCACCUCCCGAGGACGCUCCCAGGAGUAUGACUCAGGCAAUGACACCUCCUCGCCACCCUCCAUGCAAAUCAGUUCAACCAGGUCUCGGGGUCAAGAGAAGGGGAGCCCCAGUGGGGGCCUAAGCAAGAGCCGGGACCCCAACAGUGGAAACAGCUCUGAUUCAGGGAACUCCUUCACCACUUCCUCACCCCAGAACAAGGGGGCCACUUUGGAGAACCUCUCCCCCACCAGCAGGGGCAGAGAGUCAAGAGGAUUUCAGUCACCAUGUCUGGAAUGCACCGAGGUGAAGAAGUCCAAUUUGGUCCCAUCCACAGCCCGGAGCUCCCCCAUGAAAGGGUGCUCCCGAAGCUCCUCCUACGCCAGCACACGCUCCUCCAGCCACUCCUCCCAAUCCCCAAACCCCAGAGCCUCCCCCAGGUACACCAGGAGCCGAUCCACCUCCUCUGGGAAAAGGUCCUCCUCGCGCUCUCCCAGCUAUUCCUCCAAGUCUGGCAAGAGAAGCCCGCCUAGCAGAAGCUCUAGGUCGCGCCGCAGCCCAAGCUACUCCCGCUACAGUCCCAGCAGGGAGCGGAACCCCAAGUACAGCGAGAAGGAUUCGCAGCAACGCGAGCGCGAGCGAGCUCGGCGGAGACGUCGGUCCUACUCGCCCAUGAGGAAGCGCCGGAGAGACUCCCCGAGCCACUUGGAGGCGCGGAGGAUAACGAGUGCCCGGAAACGCCCCAUCCCCUACUACCGGCCCAGCCCCUCUUCGUCCAGCGGCCUCAGCAGCACCUCCUCCUGGUACAGCAGCAGCAGCAGCCGCUCAGCCAGUCGAAGCUACUCCCGGAGCCGCAGCCGCAGCCGCAGCCGGAGCAGGACCCUCACUAGCAGCAGCUGCAGCUCCCGCAGCCCCAGCCUGGGCUCCCGGAGCCGGAGCCGCAGCCGGAGUCGGAGUCGGAGUGGGAGCUACAGCUCAGCAGACAGCUACUCCAGCACGAGGCGCUAAGCCAGGGCCCUCCCGGACCCUGCGACCUCUGCGAAAGGACACAAUGGACAGUCAGGACAGCUUGGCCUGCAACCGCACUUCCCAAGUUUGCCUCGGCCCCAGUAGCUGGCAACAACUUAAUUCCACGGGACCAUCUGCUGAACAUUCCCCAGUGCCGUGGCCAGCUGCCAGUCCCAGCGCCAGCCAGU